AUGGCACCCCCACGGGAGAAGGUGAAGAAGAAGCCCCCUAAAGACAGCCUGACACUGCUGCCCUGCUUCUACUUCGUGGAGCUGCCCAUCGUGGCCUCCUCCAUGGUGUCUCUUUACUUCCUGGAGUUGACGGACGUGCUCCAGCCGGCUCAGGUGGGGUUCCGUUGCCACGACCGCUCCCUCAGUAUGCCCUACGUGGACACAGGAGACGAGCUCAUCCCGCUACUGAUGCUGCUCAGCCUGGCCUUCGCAGGGCCCGCAGCCUCGAUAAUGAUGGGGGAGGGCCUAAUCUACUGCAUGCAGUCGCGCCUGAAGAUCCGUCCGGGUAACGAGGGGAGCAUCAACGCCGGAGGAUGCAACUUCAACUCCUUCCUCAGACGCACCGUGCGCUUCGUCGGAGUGCAUGUGUUUGGGCUGUGUGCCACCGCCCUGGUGACCGACGUGAUCCAGUUAGCGACGGGCUACCACACGCCGUUCUUCCUGACCGUGUGCAAGCCCAACUACACGCAGCCGGGCAUCGCCUGCGACCGCAACCCCUACAUCACCAGGGACAUAUGCUCCGGCAUCGACCAGCACGCCAUACUGUCUGCAAGGAAGACUUUCCCUUCCCAGCAUGCAACGCUGUCUGCCUUCGCCGCUGUGUACAUAUCGAUGUACUUCAACUCCACUAUCUCGGACAGCACCAAGCUGCUGAAGCCGGUUCUGGUGUUUGCGUUCACCAUCGCGGCAGCGCUGACCGGUCUGACCCAGAUCACCCAGUACCGCAGCCACCCCAUAGACGUGUACGCCGGCUUCUGCAUCGGAGCGGGCAUCGCCAUGUACCUGGCGUUCCAUGCGGUGGCCAACUUCAAGCCUGCGGAGGACGCAGUGCCCCCACCGGCCCCCCCUCCCCCUCAGAAGGAUGCGCUGCGGGAGCUGGCCCAGCGCGGGCACGACUCCGUCUACCAGAAGAGCCACGCCGCCUCCGAGAGCAACGAGGAAAUCACCGCCCCCCCAGGCAUCGGUGGUGUUAACUUGGACGGCCUGAACCGGCCGCUGCAGCGUGAGAAGGCGUCUCUGAGUAGCCUGAAGAGGGCCAGCGUCAACGUGGAGCUCCUGGCACCCCGCAGCCCCAUGGGAAAGGAAACCAUGGUGACCUUCAGCAACACGCUACCACGGCAACCAGCUCCACAGGUGUCUGUGCCGGUGCAGCGGCGGCUGGUGACGGUACCCGUGCCCGUCCCCCUGCCCAUGGAGGCGCUCCACUCCCAGCAGCUGGUGUCCGAGUGGAAGCAGAAGAGCAUGGAGAUGAGGGGCAUGAGCAUCAGAGACGAGCUGCAGCAACAGCAACAACAGCAGCAACGGGAGCAGGAGCAGGAGGAAGAAGAGGAGGAUGAGGAAGAGGAGGAGGAGGAGGAGGAGGAGGAGGAGGAGGAGGAGAACACGGCCACCUCCUCCCUCUACCCGUCGCUGCAGCAGGCCGUGGUCCGAUCCCCCAACAACCCCCCCGCCGGGGCCCGUGUGGUCCUACCCCCCCGGCCACCUGUGGUGCCCCAGCCCCCUCAGAUCCCGCACCCCCACAUGCCCGGAGCGGAGAUGGGCGUGCGGCCCCCACCCCCGCCGGUGUCCCCCAAGAGCGCCAGCACGCGCGCCAAGUGGCUAUCCCUGACGGAGAAGAGCGGCGCAGCGGUCAGGGCUCCGGGACAACCGAGGCUUAUGCAGGUGAUCGCCAUGUCCAAGCAGCAGGGCCUGCUGUCCGGCUCCGCCUCCCCUCGCUCCUCCGACACCGGCUCGGCCGCCUCCUCCUCCUCCGUCACCUCCUCCUCCACCGCGGGCACCGACUCCCCCCCUUACCGCCCCCCCUCCACCUCCGACCGAGACGGCGCUCCGCCAUCCUCCGGCGCCAGCGGCGGUGGGGGGAUCGUCACCGUGGACGCGCACGCCCCCCACCACCCCGUCGUCCAGGCUAACCCCCCGCCGCCUAGCAACACCAACCCCUGGGAGUGGCGAGGGAAUCCUGCAGCCGCCCCCGGCCCCCCCGGCAUGGGUGGGGGCGGUGGCGUCGACUCCAGUGAAGCGUACGAGCUGAACGACCUCAACCGCGGAGAAAGUUACCGGGACCGCGGAUCAUCCAAGCGUCCCGGUUCCAGCUCCGGGGGCUCGCCGGAGAUGCCCUUCGACGGACGCAGCCGUGAGAGCCUGAGGAGGAAGACGCCGCUGGUCAUGCUGGAUCACCAGGGGUCGGUGCACCACCAAUCCCACCACCAGGGGGGGCACCACCACCACCAACAACAUCACCUGCACUCGGAGUUACAGCAACAGCAGCAGCAACAGCAGCUGCAGCAUCAGGACCCCUACUAUAGGAAGUUGCCACCGCAGCACAGGUUUAAAGAGUGA